UGUCCGUAUCCUCACCUGCAUGAAUUGAACACCUAGUUUCGCAACCUAGACUGCGCUUCUUUCUCACUUCCUAAGCUGUGUAGCUUCAUGGUGUUUGUGCCGUGCCUGUGGAGUGCUAUGCUUGCGACCCAUCCCACUUUCAUCGAGUUCCUAAAGUUCUUCAUAUCGUAGGUCACGUCAUCUUCUGAUUCGCCAUAGCCCAGUGUCCAAAUAGGCCUCAUCGCUUCCCGACAACCGCCCGUGUUUAUGGCCUGUGCCCCAGCGUGGUGUGAUCGAAUUUUUCUUGCUUCACAUCUUAAGCUCGCCUUAGUUGCCUCGUGGAUAGGGUGAUUGGUCGAGUUUCUAUAGAAAGAAUGCAUUGAUUCGCUUUCAUUUGAGGAUUGUCGAUCACUUCCUUCUAGUGUCGGGACGCUUAAGCCGCUCUGAAGCUGUGGAAUAGAUUUUACAUAUACUUCACCUUAGCAUUCCUCACCCAAUUAAGAGAAACUCGUACACAACGUGGUUUAAAACUGCAUCAUCAAUACCUCCGAAGAGUGGUUUACGACCGCACAAACCCAAUCUCUUGUAGCGUCUUCGUCACGAACAUCAAAAAUCUUUGGUAGCGGACAUUUUUUGUCAUUUACUUCUUCGUUCGAUCUUUGCUCUUCACCGUUGUCGUUCUUGUGUCUCUGACUUCACUAUCCGGAUCUAGACACAAUGAUGUCGGGGAAGAAAAUUGGAAAACUAGUGCAGAAGUACAUGCGAGUAGAGUCGUUUCGGGAUUCAGACAAUCUGGACAGGAGUUCGCCCCGAAGCUUGAAGCGUUGGUCAGGGAGGGCGUCAUCUUUCUCAUCAAGUACGUCAAAUCGUGGAUCUGGCCGAUCACUGGAGCGUGGGAAUGGUCCCCAGAGUGACUGCUGGGACGAAGACGCGCCGGAAGACGUUCCAUCGGGCAGUUUAGCUGUCUACGUUGGCCCGAAGAGGCGCAGGUUCGUUAUCCAGACGAGUUUCUUGUACACACGCGUGUUCCGCGAAUUGUUGAGGAGAAGUGAAGAGGAAUACGGGUUUGAAACUGAGGGGGGUUUGCGAAUUGCAUGCGAAGCUGGUAACUUCGAGAAGCUGUUGUGGCAGCUUGAGACCUCGGGAAAUUCUGAUGAAAGCUUCUGAUAGCCACACUCUCCGAUGGUGCAUAAGACCAAACGGCAACAGAUCAGCCUGUCUGAUAUACCGUAGGAUUCUGAUACGAUUAAAGAGUGUUGAUGAGUAGUAUUUAGUCCUUCAGAAAUGUGAUCGAGCAUGGGUCUUGAGCCGGCCGACACUGUUAACAAUCAGCCGGACUGAAAGCAAUCACUUCUUUACAGUAAAUCUGGUGGCAUCACUUUCCGAGCCAUCCGCUGCCUUCGCAGUCUCUACAACAAACGAAAUGGAUUAAGAGCACUGCUUGAUUACGAUACUUUCUUUCUCGCUCUUUAUGAUCUAGGGUUAAGCGCUCGACAUGCACAUCUGUAUCAUUCGACGACCUUGACUGGUUCAUUUCGUGAAUGGACCUCAGUCCCAAUCCUAAACACCUUCGUGGCCUCCCAUGACUGCUUCGUAGUGGGUCAUACUUGGACAUGUCGAAUGUGAAUCCUGCAGGCGUGAGCAAUCACAGCUUGAACCAACAAACAGUUCCACUGUUUGAAGUUCAAUGGCAGUCAGAACGUGCGCUACCAGUAGUUACCACUUUAAAUGCAUACGGAAUCGUCCUUUCCGACUAUUGAAACACACCGAACUUGGUGAAGCUAUCUUAAUCCGAACGUACAGGAACACGAGCACCACGACGCUCCAAUUUACAAAGGGACUGAAGCUGAGACGCCCUUCCAGGAGCCUGUAGACGCCGAAUUGAUACCGUCUGGGAGCGCCUUACAAGGACCACUCUGACAAAUGAUUCCUGGCUACCAGGCUACAUUAGUUUUGGACAACGGGAGGUUCUAAUGUCGACAUGCCAAGUAAACUACGAUCAUGCCAGUGCCAUCGCCAGCGCUGGAACCACAGUCACCACACAGCAGUAAUGGAGAUCGUAUCCGUCCGAUGAUAAGUUCUACGGCCCAGCGUCUCCCCACCUCUCCCAUAUGCAACGCUCAGGUUGUGUAGACAUGGCUACUUGCCGCUGCAAAACAGCCUCCGGGGCAGGAACGGUGCAACUAUCGCACAGUAAUCUGCACUGCAGCAUCCAACCACAUCAUGCUUCUGGAUUCGCUGUUUUUUUCAAAAAAAAAAAAAAAAA